AUGGGCAAGGCGUUUUUGGUCGCUGGAGGCGCUGUGGGGCUUGAUGUGUAUAGGGCAUCCAGGUCGGAGCAGGGACUGAUUGCUGAGGUGGCUGAGGAACUGCAAGAGGCUGCUGCAGCGGAGCGCUCCGCAAAGCUCGAGGAGCAGGCCAUCUCCGGGUUUGAAGAUGCAAUCAAGCAGCGGCAGCAGGAGACCGCGGAUGCACAAGCAGCGCUGGAGGAGGCACGCGUCAAGUUGACCAAGCUGGUACAGGAUGCGCGGCGACACCAGCAGGCAGCCACCGCUGCAGAGCAGGCGCUGGCGGCGGCACACCAGCAGACUCUUGCAGCGAAGCAGGGCAUAUCACCCCUGCAGCACCCGCUGUGGUAUGACAGCCUGCUGGGCGCGAACCACCUGAACUUUGUGGUUGGUGCACAGGCCCCAGACGGCGCCCCCGUCUCGUUCCUGCUCAAGGCGCACGCGUACGAGUACGUCAAACACGAGUAUUAUUUGCAGGGCGGCGAGGUCAAGAAAAUGUUUCGAGCAAUGGCGCUCCGACCGGGAGAUGGCCUCAAGCUGGUGGUGUCCAGCAGGGCAAGCGGCAUCCCUACCACCCGCCUCACAGUCAUCCCCGCAGACCGCAACCCCAAUGCCGCCACCAUCCUAUCCCAGGCGGCGCAGCAGGCGGCCAAGCGUGAGGCGCGGUUGGCGGCGAAACCCACGCUGGCCAAGGGAGGCGGUGGAGGCAGUCGCAAGCGCAAGACGAAGGGCGAGGGGGCCCAGGAGGAGUACGAGUGGGAUGAUGACAGCGAGGGCGAGGGGGGCGUUCGGCCCAGCCGGCUGCGCGUGGUUAAACGCUACGGAGAUGAGUUUGUGGUUGGCCUGGACGAGGCUUGGCAGCAUGCCGCCACCAGCGAUGAUGAGUAUGCUCCCAUGUCCGACUACGAAGCGCACUCGGGCGACAGCAGCUUCCGGCGCCGGCGCCGAGGCGGUGGCACUGCCGUAGAUGCACCAGCUGUGCCUGCAGCCAACGGCAGGAAGGGCAGGGCAAGCAAUGGCAGGAUCAGCGACGAGGGGUGCCCGUUGCAACUGCUGGCUGGGCUGGCUAAUGACGUGGUGACGCCGCAGGCUCAGCAGCAGCAGCAGCAGGGACCAGCAGCAGGCAGCAAUGGCGGUGGCACAGCGCAAGGGGCUACCCCCGAGCCCGUGGCGCUGGUGGCCAAGAGGCUGCUGCGGGACGCGGCUGGAACCGUGCAUAGUGCCAUGCUGAAGAUAGGGUGGCAGCCCGGGUCGCGCAGCAUGGUGCACAUCAGCCGCAAGCUAAGCCAGUACUCCGCAGCUCAGGCAGAAAAUGCAGGCAAGCUCUUGUCGGUCGACACCUUCGAGGUGCUGCCGGCGGAGUGCAGGCUGGAGCUGACGCUGCGGCUGCAGCAUGCAACGGGGCGCGUGGACGUGCUGGAGAACUGUAUCAUGGAGCUGCUUGAUAUCCUGUGA